AUGGUGAUGCCGACUGUGGCCUCCGCGGCCGCGGCGGCGCUUCACCCGGCGGUCUCGACGCGGCGUGCGGGGGUAAGGAACGGCAAUGCGUCCUCCUUGGCGGAGGGUGGACGACUUUCCGGCGGUGGGCGAGGGCCGGCCCUGCGUGCCAGGGUGGCCGAGGCCGCGCCGGUGGCGGCGGAGGGCGGCAGGCAGGAGGCUUAUCCCGCUGCACCAAUGGUGGAGAUCCCCGUCACGUGCUAUCAGAUACUAGGCGUUACAGAGAAGGCUGAGAAAGAUGAGAUCGUGAAGGCUGCAAUGGAGUUGAAAAUUGCUGGGAUAGAAGAUGGAUACACAGCUGAGGUGUCCACUUUCAGACAGGCUCUGCUAGUAGAUGUCAGAGAUAAACUUCUGUUCGAACAAGAUUACGCAGGAAACAUAAAGGAGAAGGUUCCACCUAGGUCCUCUCUUCAUAUACCUUGGAGCUGGUUGCCUGCUGCUCUGUGCGUCUUGCAGGAGGUUGGAGAAGAGAAGCUUAUUUUGGAAAUUGGUCAGGCGGCUCUACGACGCCCUGAUUCUAAACCUUAUGUUCAUGAUGUGCUUCUUGCAAUGGCAUUAGCAGAAUGCUCUAUAGCAAAAGCCAGCUUUGAAAAGAGUAAAGUGUCCCUUGGAUUUGAGGCUCUGGCACGCGCUCAAUAUCUUUUGAGGAGAAAACCAUCUUUGGAGAAGAUGCCCCUUCUUGAACAGAUUGAAGAAUCACUUGAAGAGCUUGCACCUGCUUGCACUUUGGAGCUUCUAAGCUUGCCUCAGACACCUGAAAAUUCUGAACGCAGGCAAGGUGCUAUUGCAGCUCUCUGUGAACUGCUUAGACAGGGCCUUGAUAUCAAGAAAGCUAAAACCAUCUGUGAAUGUUUAGUUGCAUCUGAGAGCACAGACCUAAAAUUUGAGGAAUCUUUUUGCUCAUUUCUUCUUGGAGAGGAAACUGGCACCACAGUGUUUGAAAAGCUUCAGCAGCUUCAAAGUACUGGAAGUUCAAAUUCGAAGAAUUAUGGGUUAGAUAAAAAGAAGGACAGCAGUGACAAGUUUACUGUCAACCAAUCACUGGAACUGUGGCUGAAGGAUGUGGCCCUUUCUCAUUUUGCAGAUACGAAAGAUUGUCCGCCAUCUUUGGCUAACUUUUUUGGAGCUCCUAAGCGCGUCCUUAACACAUCCAAGCAGAAACUGGGAUCCCCAAGAUCAGUCCUUUUGAGCUCUCAGCCAUCUUCUAGUGCCUCAGCAUGCAACAGAACUUCAGCAGAGCAGACCCCAAGAUUGAGUCCAAACAGCCAUCUGGGGGAGGCUGUUAAGCAACUUGCACCUGCCAACUUGGGGCUCCAAUCAUCAAUGGAUAGGCAAGUAAAUGGUUCAGGGACAGCAUCUGUUCCCCUGAAACGCAAUCCUGGAUCCCAUCUCAGAACAUUGGAAUUAUGGGGACUAAGUGGAGAUGUUAUAGGAAAGCUUGCCUAUAGUGCACUCCUAGGCUUUGUUGUAUUUAGCACAUUAAAAUUGGUCAAGUUUCAGUUUGGGCAUGCGAGAUACACGAACCCAAGUAGAGAGUCUGCAUCCGUGUCGUCCUUGAAUGAAGCGUCUGCAUCAGAAGGUUCUUUUAUCACCAGUGGUGUCAGGAAGCAUUUUGAAAAUUUGUCAAAAUUGCUUUGGCUGAGUGAUAGGCUUAAUUCAAAUAGCGGCGCAAGUGAUAAGCACCCAGCAGCUAAUGAUAUCACUGCUGCAGUUUGUAAGCAAAAGAUGGAUAUUCAAGAAGCAGAAGCACUUGUAAAACAGUGGCAAGACAUAAAAUCUGAAGCUCUUGGCCCUGACUAUCAAACUGACAUGCUACCAGAGAUUCUUGAUGGUUCAAUGCUCUCUAAGUGGCAAGACUUGGCGUUGUUAGCAAAGGACCAGUCCUGCUAUUGGAGAUUUGUGCUGCUGAAUCUUAAUGUUGUUCGAGCUGAGAUAAUCUUGGAUGAAGUCGGUACUGGUGAAGCAGCAGAAAUUGAUGCUGUGCUUGAGGAAGCGGCUGAGCUUGUUGAUGAUUCCCAGCCCAAGAAACCCAGUUAUUACAGCACAUACGAAGUUCAGUACGUAUUGAGGAGGCAGAAUGAUGGAUCUUGGAAAAUCUCCGAGGCUGCUGUCCGGGACCUGACGUGA